CCGCCAAGAGAAAAAUGGUACCCAAAAUCAAAUGGACUACUAUCGUGACACAUCUUUGUCCCGAACGGGAUGUCGUAUUUGGACGAGGUGGUCAUGCCAAUCACAACCCUGGCAACGGGUUCCUACUCGAAGCCGUGAAGAUCCACAGCCCCAAGUACAAGAGCCUAGGCAAGGAUAAGGACGGCAAAGCGGAAAAGAAACAUAUUGUUCAGCUGGUCACGGCAAUGAUUGAAGCCAGGGGCGGCAGAUUCUUGUUACGGCAACAAACGGAUGCGCCAUGGCAAGAAGCAACCGAAAAGAAGGUGCAUGAGAAGAUCAGUCAUAUGCUAAGGGACCAACCACAUCCUCUGAAACAGUAG